AUGAGUUCAGUGUACAGUCUUCCAAACCGUCAAAACUUUGAGGAAAUACCUUUGAGAAACCUCAAUCGAACGCAGCAGACCGAGUGGCCUGUGUAUCAAGCCAUGCAGACAGAAGGUAGAAGAAAGUGGAUGACCAUCAUUAUCCUCGCUAUUUUGGCGUUCAUCCUCGCUGCUUCAACCGCAACCUUGGGGGCGCUCUUGAGCAAAUGUGAACACUCACUACAGACCCCACAGAAUGACACAUCUCAGACACCAGGGAAUGAUACAGCAUCCACACCCGUCACCAUCACUACCACGAAGAUCGCAACAGUUCCAAGUACGACAACAACCAAGACCGUACCCCCAGCGACGCAGACCGCUGUACACACUGUGACCGAAGUGUCUUAUGUGACCACAGAAUUCACGAAGUCUUCAGUCUUAACUACCAGUGUUACAUAUGGAGGUCAGGAACUUCACGACCUUAAUAACGAUUACGAUCUCCUGAUGGUCGACGCUCUGGAAUUUGCGGUGAGCAACGGCCUGGAUCUUGGAGGUGACGAGUACAUGGACGUCGCGAUGAGGAGCAUAUUCUUAUGUUCGAGCAGUGAUUCCAUCGAGCUCGUAGAAGCUUUCAUCGCCGACUCUGUCCUGGUGGUGACCUCGUCACCUACCGGUUGA